UGUUGUUUGUUUUCAAGUUCAGUAGAAGACCAACGAAGUGGGGUCACCUCGCCUGUCAUAAAGGCUUUUUUAACGAUUAUGGAGAACCUAGAAUCCAUAUUAGAGGAACUUGAAAAGUUUGAGAAGAAGAGCGGUGUUGGAGUAUCAAAGGUCUUGGAGGAGUACAUUCAACAUGUUGCCAAGACCGGAGACACCGUUUUUCCCUGGCACCGGAUCAGACAUUUUAUGCGACACAUGCUAGAAACAGUGAUGAACGAGUUUUAUGAAAAUUGCGGCGGGGAAGACAUGAGCGAGUGUGGCAACGUACCAGCCUUCUCUUACUCAGCUACACGUGAUAAAUUAUUACACCACUUUGACACUUUUGCUGGUGCACCGUUUACCAUACAGAGGCUGUGUGAAAUAAUGGUAGACCCCACCAGACACUACAAGCGGACAGACAAGUUCCUCAGGGGGCUAGAGAAGAAUGUGCUGGUAGUGUCGAAUAUUGAGCCCGGCCGCCAGCGACGCACGGAAGAUGCACAACAGACCCUGGUCAACGGCUUGCAAGAAAGUGGACUCCACACAACCACCAUAUCUGUCUCCUCUGCAACGUCGCCAAUGUCACAUCUCACCAAGAGGUUAUCUUUAGCACCAUCUGCAAACUCUGUCACCAAUAAUACAAAUGAGACUUACGGUCGUGAAAUGAAUGAGAGUGAUAACCAGGUAACAGGGUCUGAGGCUAAUGGUCCUAGUGGCCUACAUAGAGAGGAUAUUAGUGACACAUUGACAGAAACAACUGAGCCGCCCUCCAAGAAGGUUAAGACGACGGACGACACCUUUGAAGAUAAAGCAACGGGGUCUGCCGACGAAAUGCCACAGAUACAAGAAGAAAAAUGUAAUUCUUUUAAUCCUGUCCAUGAUGCUGAGAGUAUGGAGGCUGAAGCCAGUGAAGAUGGCAGUGACACCAGCAGCAGCAGCAGUGAUUCUAGUAGUGCCAAGGCAGAGGCUAUGGAGUUGAGAGAGGCAGAGGCCACAUGUCACACGGUGAAAGUCAGUGAGGAAAAAGAAGUAAAUUUGUCUCAGGAAAGACUCGGUCAACAAGUAGGAACGAGUGAAUUAGUGCCACAAGAUUCUACAGAACUCACAAAGGAAGUCAGACAUAAAAUUGAAGAUAAAGAUGAGUCUUUAUCAUCAGUCUCCCCAGAAGUGUGUUCAUCAAACAGUUCCCACAGAAGUGUACCAGAAAAACUUGAAGAAGAAAAUGAUACAACCGACGUGUUAUCAACGUCUGCUGCAGCCACCACAAAUGCUGAGGGAAGUCCAGAUUCUGUGGAGGGUACAUCAGAAGUGGUCCAUCAGCAGUUUGAACAGAUGAAGGACACAACUCAGGAUGAAAGAGAGGGAAGCUCAGAGGCAGCAGCGGCUGCAGCAAACAGCAGCAGGAGUGAGUUAGCACAUGUGUCAGAGAUGCCUUGUAUAGAGGAAGAGAAAAGCAAAGACAGUCAUGAGGCUGAUAGUACGUCCCAGGCACAGUCCAACAGUGUGUCAAGCCAGCCUACUUCAUCUCCUGUUGCAACUUCACCUUCGGCCACAUCUUCCCCUUCUCCUUCCUCGGACGCCUCCUCAGCCACGCCGCCCGACCCCUCGAUCGCUCCAUCCGUAGCUUCGCCUCCAGAUACAGCAGCCCACACCACCUCUCAGACUUUAUCCUCCUCGUCUGCUUCAUCUCCCACGCCAGUUACUGCCAGCACUUCGUCCCCUGUCCGUGACAGUCCGGACCCCACAACGGGCACCGACAAUGCCGCCUCAACAUCUUCCAGUAGCUUACCACAGUCAGACUCGACGGUUGGCCAGGAACCAGACAAUACCUCCUCUGAUAGUCCCUCAGUGGAAACCAAUAAUAAAAAUGAAAAAGAUGCUGGUAAUGUUAGUUGCUCAAGUUCCCAGUCAAAUGAGUCUGAAGUGAAGAACCAACUAAUGAAAUAAGUGUAAAAUUAGUUUAAAGAAAAACAUAUUAGCAUAUUUUUAUAUAAAUUUAUUUUACACAGCUGUACCUGCCAUUCGGACACAGUUACUCAACAAGGUAUUUUGUAUCUAAGUUUGUGAAGGACGAUGGUUCAUAGAUUUACAGUGGUUUCCUGACUUUCCUUACAAAUUAAUUUCUUUGUAAAGAUAAUAGGUAUGUGGAAAUUUUUAUGUUAUUUUAUGAUUGCUGAUUAUAUGAACUUUAUUGAAGUGUGAUAAAGAUAAUCAUUUUGUUUUUAUGAUGGUAUGUGUUUGAUUGACAUACCCAUCAAGUUUCUACAACAGAUUUCCUAAGGAGUCUUAACUUUUAUGGAUUUGACUCCAGCAAAUUACAAAUGAAAACUACAAGAGGGAAGGUGCUUGAAGUAGUCGUUGGUUGCCCUCAAUUAAGUCUCCUACGUAUGUAUCAUUACAGUACAGUAUUUGGUAUGGAAGUUACGUGUCUCUCCUGUGUAAUUUUUUGGACGGAGGAAUCGAGAUUUACUGUAAUAUAACGUUGGUGUGUGGUACGUGUUUAUUCCAUUAGUAUUCGUUAGAAACUGGGAUGUACUUAGUUCUUUAGGUAGAUUUCUUUUGAUAGGACGUAACCUAAGAACUUUACUCUUUUUAGAGACAUAGACGAGUAGUCUGUUUACACUUAACUUCCCUGAGAGAAUUUUAUGCAGUGUAAUGAUGGGGGUAAGCAUUUUCCAGUUACCAGGACAGUACAGUAAUAAAGAGAAUGUUCUUUUUAUU